AUGGCGCAAACCAACGGACAUGGUGCUGCCACUGGCCCGACCGUGCACACUGACUACUUGAUCGUCGGGACGGGCCCUGCAGGUGCCUCACUGGCUUGCUUUCUGGCGCAGCACGGUCUGAAGGGUUUGAUGGUGAGCGCGGCUUCAAGCAAUGCGGACAGUCCGCGUGCUCACAUCACAAACAUGGCUGCACUGGACUGUCUACGAGACAUCGGUGUCGAUGAGGAGUGCUACGAGGUGGGCACUCAAGGAGACUCUAUGGUCCAUACGCGCUGGUCCAAUAGUAUGGCUGGAGAAGAGUACGCACGAAUCUACUCGUGGGGCAAUGACCCGAAGCGCAAGGGAGAUUACGAGCUUGCUAGCCCUUCAGAGCCCCUGGAUCUGCCACAAACACAGCUCGAACCAAUCUUGACACGACAUGCCACGUUGAAUGGCGUCAACCUACGCUGGGACACGGCUUUCGUGUCCUUCGAGCAGGACUCAUCCGGCGUAACGACCACAUUGCACGAUAAGUUGAGCGGUCAAGACUUCAGAGUCCGGUCAAAGUAUCUUUUCGGCUGCGACGGGGCCCGUAGCCCAAUUGCACAGCAGCUGCCGCUACCAAUGAUAAAGCGUCCGGGUCAGGGGUUUGCUGUCAACGUGUUAGUGGAGGCUGAUAUGUCACAUCUUAUGGAGAACCGUAUGGGCAACUUGCACUGGAUCCUCACACCUGAAAAAGACCAUCCCGAGUUCGCCUGGAUUGCAUGCUGGCGGAUGGUGAAACCCUGGCACGAGUGGAUGUGUAUCAUUUUCCCAACGAGCAAUGCGCAAAGGGCUGUACGGACUGAAGCAGAGUAUACUAAACGGAUUCGGGAGUUCAUUGGAGACGACUCCGUCGAUUUUAAGAUCAAAAGCAUCUCAACGUGGCAAAUCAACGAAACGGCAGCGGAGUAUUACUCAAAGGGCAACGUCUUCUGCCUGGGCGAUGCUGUGCAUAGGCACCCUCCGAACCACGGCCUCGGAUCGAACACUUGUAUCCAAGACGCGCAUAAUCUUGCGUGGAAAGUGGCUUACGUCAACAAAGGACUUGCUGGGAAAGAUCUGUUGGACACGUAUAGUAUAGAACGUCAGCCUGUCGGGCUUGAUGUAGUCACCCAGGCCAACGCUUCACUACGCAAUCAUAUAAAGAUAUGGGGCAUCUUGGGCAACUUCGAGCCUACUGUUCCAGCUCGCGUUGAAUCUUUUAACAUACUCGCAGAGGACUCCGAACGAGGUCGAGCACGACGUCAAGAGUUCCAGGACACGCUACGGCUAAUUAACCGCGAAGAACACGGCCUGGGAAUCGAGAUGAAUCAGCGAUACACCUCGACCGCAGUCCACAAGUCGGAUCAAGGGGAGAUGCCGACCUUCAAUUCUGAUCCUCUAGAGCACUACCACCCCACGACGUAUCCCGGGGCACGGUUGCCGCAUGUCUGGCUGAGCCGCGCUGUCCCGGGCAAGGCAAUUUCCACAAUCGACCUUGCUGGGAAUGGCAGCUUCUCUUUGUUCACCGGCAUCGGCGGUCAUGGAUGGCGCGAUGCGGCCAAGAAAGUUCAAGAUGAGCUAAACGUACCAAUUCCUGUGUACUCGAUCGGCUUUCGACAAGAAUACGAGGAUCGAUAUCUUGACUGGGCGAAGCUUCGAGAUGUUGCUGAGUCCGGAGCAGUCUUGGUGAGACCGGACUACUUUGUUGCAUGGAGGAGUCAGCAGUGGCAGGAAGACAGCUCUGGGACGCUAAUGGCGGUUAUGAAGUCAGUGUUGUCUCGAUGA